UAAGCGGCUUAAAAUGGCAUUGAGGAGAGUGCUGUGUAGACACAGUCUAUCAAAGAUCAAUCCUGUUUGUGUGAUUGUAAAAAGAGAAGCCCAUGGAAGCACAGAAGAAGAAGUACCAGAGGAGAGAAAAAACAGAUUUGAUGGAUUUCAACCUCACCACUACGCUUUUUUAAACCAAGAUAUAAACUGGAAAAUAUUUGUACAUAAAGCGAAGCUGAAAACAUUUGAAGCUUUGAAAGAAAACCAGAAACGGAAAAAGAAAAGACAUGAUACGUUGGGGCCAGAAUUAGCAGCAGCCCAUUUUAUUGUUGGAAGAGGAGGAGCAGUUAAAUUAUUGGACAGAAAUCGUUGGAUAAGAAGGGAUCAUACUGGAUCAUAUACUUUACCAAGAUGGAUGAUGGACAAUAUGUUUGUAGAAGGAAUUGAUGCUUCUUACUCUGAUUUGUUGUAUGAAGGGCUUGAGAACUUAGAGGGAUUAAAUGAACUGAAAUUCUUGAACUUAAGCAACUGUAAAUAUAUAGAUGAUUUUUGCCUGUCAAAACUUCAAAUGUUUGGUGAUACUCUAGAGGUCCUUGAUGUUAGUGGAUGUGAGAGAGUUACAGAAAAUGGCAUAGCAUGUGUACAUCAUCUACCAAAUCUGAAAGUUUUAAAUAUUGCUGACACACCAAACGUGAAACAAAAAGAAAUAUUGACAAUUUACAUAGAAGAACUAUUACCCCAGUGUAUUAUAUGUGGUGUUGAUCAUGUGUCUAUCAGUCAAGGUGAUACAGACUCUCUUGAACAUGAAGAAAUGUCAAGUGUUUUAGACACUAAUAAAUUUAUAGAAGAUUUAGUACGAAAUGAAGAUGUCACAGCUGAGGAACUUUUCAAGGAAGCCAUAGAAAAAGAUCAUCCCCAGAGCCUAGAAAGUGGUAGAAUUUCUAAUGACUUUGAUAGUAAACUUUCACAUUCUGAAAUGGAUAAAGUGAAGAUAACAUCAUGACAUAUUUGAUUUAUUAAACAUACAGUACAAACUUUUACAGAAGUGACACAUUUUUACAGUUGUUUUAUGUAAUGACCUUUUCUUUAAUUUAAUUAUUUGUACCUUUAAAUAUGUCAGAACGAUUAUUCAGCAAUAACUUAGCAUAAAACAUGGAUGAUGAUUUUUGACAAGGAGUAAUUGUCCUUUGACCUCUCUCUCAUUAUGGUUACAUUUAAUUGUUGUUAUUUAUACAAACACUUCUGUUUUAAUUAUUGAUUGUUAACAUAAAUGAUUUCAUCUCUUGA